AUGCAAGAGGACUGUGCUCAAUUAAUUAAAAUUGGUAAAUCUUUGUGGGAUAAAGGUCACGGAGCAUUUGCUAGUUAUGCCAGAGAUUUAAUCAAGGCUCUUGAAAAAGACGUAAGUACAAAUUUGAAACAUGAACGGCCCGUGAGUUUUUAGCAUGACCCAUGCUUCGUGGAGAUAGUAAAGUGUUACAGAAAACAACUUGGAAGCGCCACAUACGUGAUUACUGCCGACGAAUGUUGCAAUGAGUGCCCGAACAAGUAA